AUGUCUAAGCCUGCAAUCGGUUUUGUUGGCCUGGGAGCCAUGGGUUUCGGCAUGGCCACGCACCUCGUGAAAGAAGGAUACUCCGUUCACGGAUUUGACGUGUUCCCCGCAUUAAUCGAGAAAUUCACGGCCGCCGGUGGUACUCCUGCCUCUUCAUUGCGGGAAUCAGCAAGCGGGAAGCAGUACUAUAUUUGCAUGGUUGCUUCAGCCCCGCAAGUCCAGUCUGUCUUAUUCGGCGAGGGCGGAAUUGUUGCCGGUCUCCCUCGAAACGCAACUCUCAUCCUGUGCUCCACAGUUUCAGCUUCAGAUGCGCGGUCUGUCGCCGGGAGUCUUGCUCGUCGCGGCCGCGGAGAUAUUCACUUCAUUGAUGCUCCAGUUUCAGGUGGUGCGCUGCGCGCUGCAAAGGGAACGCUAUCCAUUAUGGCCGGUGCAGACGAUGCCGCUCUCGAAAGCGGCCGGUUCCUCCUAGAAGCCAUGUCCGACAGGAACAAGUUGUACCUGGUACCCGGCGGCAUUGGCGCAGGAAGCAACAUGAAGAUGGUUCACCAGGUUCUUGCGGCAAUUCAUAUUCUCGGUGCGAGCGAAGCGAUGGGAUUUGCAGCCCGUCUUGGCUUGCAUGCCGAUACAGCUGCGGAGGCAAUUAAGGAUUCUAGCGCGUGGACGUGGAUGCACGAGAACCGCGUGGAGCGUAUGAUGGAAGAGGAUUGGACGCCCGGUGCUAGUGCACUUACUAUUAUUCUUAAGGAUGUUGGAAUUAUUACCACCGCUGCUCGCGAGUACCAAUUUCCGACCCCUCUUUGCUCCACAGCUGAGCAGGUCUACCUUGGAGCUCUUCUGCAAGGAUAUGGUCCCAUUGACGACUCUGCUAUGGUUCGCCAAUACUUCCAAACGCCUAUCAGGGAUGUGUCAAAUCACCUGGAUUUGUCCGAGGAGAUCGAGUUGCGACAGUAUGUUUUGGAUAUGAUGGAGGUGACAAACCUUGUUGCUACGGCCGAGGCUGUUGCAUUUGCACGUUUCCUCAAGGUAGACCUUGAACAAUUCUAUAGGCUUGUCAGCGAUGCUGCGGGCUCUAGCCGACAAUUCAUGAUAAGAGGGUUGGAAAUGAUCGAGGGGCAGAUUGAUCUACUCCCUGGAACAGAAACGAUUGAUGAUGCCAUCUUACGGUUAGAAAGGUCUGUGCAAAAGGCAAGAGAUAUUCAUUGCCCAUUGCACCUUGGAAAUGCGGCUCUCAAUACGUUAUUCUUGGCUCAACGGGCAGGUUUCAGCGGUGAAAGCAGUAUUAGUGUUAUGCAGAUUUAUGGAACUGGC